AUGGGGGAUAUGACGAACGACAUCAAGCUCCUCAAGGGCAGCAGCCAUGGGGAAUUGUCCGAGAAGGUCGCGCAGCGGGGAAAAAUGGGUAAAAAGCUGGUGCUGACGCGCGAAUGCGCCGACUACAGACUGGGCAUUCCCCUUGCGAAGACUAUGAGCGAGCCCGGCAACAUCAACGACGGUCUCAUGGAGCUUCUCAUCAUGAUCCAUGCUUGCAGAACCGCUUCCGCCCGCCGCAUCACCGCUGUCAUCCCUUGUUUCCCCUACGCUAGACAAGACAAGAAGGACAAGAGCCGUGCUCCGAUCAGCGCGAAGCUUGUCGCGAAUAUGCUCCAGGUCUCCGGUUGCGUAAGUUUCGGAAGUUUUGCUCGCCGAAGGAGGCAAGGGAGAAAGGACAACACGAACCGACAUGUGACUGACGCGCGCGAACAGAACCACGUCAUCACGAUGGACCUCCACGCCUCGCAGAUCCAGGGCUUCUUCAACAUCCCCGUCGACAACCUCUACGCCGAGCCGAGUGUCCUGCAGUGGAUUCGAUCCAACAUGAACGUCGAGGACUGUGUCAUCGUCAGUCCCGACGCGGGCGGUGCCAAGCGUGCCACCGGUAUUGCCGAUCGCCUCGAGACCGGCUUCGCGCUUAUUCACAAGGAGCGCCCGCGGCCCAACGUUGUCGGCCGCAUGAUUCUUGUUGGUGACGUUACGGACAAGAUUGCCAUUCUUGUUGACGACAUGGCUGACACCUGUGGCACCCUUGCCAAGGCCGCUGAGACUCUUGAGACCGGUGGUGCUCGCGAAGUCAUCGCCAUCGUCACCCACGGCGUGCUGAGCGGCAAUGCGGUCGAGACCCUGAAUAAGAGCUGCCUGUCUCGCAUCGUUGUCACCAACACGGUGCCCCUUGGCGACAAGAUCGAGCGCUGCCCUAAGCUGCGCGUCAUUGACAUCAGCCAGGUCCUGGGCGAAGCCAUUCGGCGCACUCACAAUGGUGAGAGUGUUAGCUACCUCUUCAACCACGUGCCCGUCUAG